AUGCAUCGUGGAACGCUGAGUUGUGGUGAUGACGAUUGCUAUGGUUCGGGACGUGGCAAUGGUCGUUUUGAGUUGCGUCUGUUCGGAAUGGAUUCUAGUGUAAUUGUGGACGAACAAAUCGAUCCAGGUGUUUUAGCCAACUUGGAAAGAACCUAUAAUGAACAAGUUGCACGUGGUAGUCCAAGUGCAAUCGCAGUGUAUUCUUAUGCCCAUGGCCUAAUCAAGUCGAAUAACCGUAAUGUGCUUAGAGGAAUCAAGCUAUUGGAAGAUUUGUUGCGGCAAGAAGUUGAGGAUAUAUCAAAACGUGAUUAUGUGUAUUAUCUUGCAAUAGCACAUACUCGCUUAAAGGAGUACGAUCGAGCUCUUGCAUAUGUUGAUAUUUUACUCAGUGCGGAGUCGAAUAAUCGUCAAGCAUUAGAUCUGAAGGAUGUGAUUAAACAGAGAAUGAAAAAGGAUGGAAUUAUUGGUAUGGCAAUAUUGGGCGGAGGAAUUGCUGUCAUUGGUGGUUUAGCGAUUGCUGCAUUUGCUGCUUCGAAGAGGUGA